UCUCACAUUUCCUUCUUCGAUUGUCACAUGAUGAGUUCGGGUUGUGAGGAUUCGUCUGUGAAUACGAUGGGUAUUCGUGGUAUCCCGGAGCAAUGCGGCUGUGGUCGAAGAACUGGGAUUUACACAUCAAAAACGAAGGAAAAUCCAGGAAGAACUUUCUUUAGAUGCCCAACGUUUCGAAAUAUUUUGUUCAUGAUUUAUGUCCAUGAUCACUUGUAUAAAUGGGUAGAUGAAGCUGUCUACGAAGAGGUUCAAGAUGCAUUGCCUAAAGUUGAUGGCUUUGCAUCGGAUUUGAGGAAGCUCAAAAUGGAGAUAGACCGCCUCAAAAAUGUGGAGGAAGAGUUGAAAGAAAAUCUCAGGAAGGCUAGCAAUGAAGUUAAGAAGCUGAAUGUGAUCAUGAAAGUGGGUUUUCUGGUGGCAUCAGUUUCUUGUAUUGUCAUAAUCAUCCCCUUCGUCUUCAUCAAUCUCACACUCAUCAUGUAUUUCUUCAUCACCAAAAUGAAGACCCAAAUCUCUACAGUUUUCUUCCUCGAUGCCACCAAAACCAUCCUCAUCUUCUAA